AUGGAUGGCGACCGCUACAUCUACUCUCGUCCUGUGGUGGUGACGGAGGACCGAAUCAAGGAGGCCUUAGAGAAGCAGGCGAAGCAGAAGGCGCUCAAGGCGGCGCUUGAUCGGCAAGUGCGGGAGACCGAGCGGCUGAAGGCGGAGAAGCACCGUGCCACAGGAAAGCAGGACAAGCGGUGGGGUGACCCCAAGGUGAAUGCGCCGCCGACCUCUUCUUCGGCGAAUGCGGAGAACAAAACGCAGACCGCCUCCCCGGCGGUCACAGCAUCUGUAGCCGGCCCUUCUCCCCCGACGAUGGGCGCCACAGGUGCCCCGGGUGCUGUUGAUUCUACUCGAUACAACUUCUCCUUCCGCAAAGGCCAGGGAACGUUUAAGGUGGAUGGCUCCCCUGCGUGUCGCCUCCAGACUACGUUUCAGACACCUGCAGAAGUCCGUGAGCACGGCGGUGGUGCUGCGCCUCCGGAAACCGGUGGUGAAAACGGCAAGGCUCCCGCCCCUCGAGCACGUCGGCAGCCAGCAUCGCGCGAUGCCAGCAGCGGCGCGGGUCCGCGCAACAGUCGUGGCAGCAGGUCAACGGCUGCCGCAAGCGGCGGCGAAUACCAAACGAACUCGCUGCCUAUCAACUUUAGCAUGGCAAAGGAGGGUGCAGGGAAGAAGGCGCCGCUGCUCGAGCGCCGCCCCAGCGAAUGUGGUCGACCCAGUUGUGGCAUGUCGGGAGAGCGCGGUGGUGGCAGCGACGCAAGCGGGCACAGCAGGAACAAAGGUAAUGGCGGCUACGAUACGCAGUCUUUACCGACAGAGCUCAUCUACAAGUUGGGGCAAGCUAACAGCAACGCCGCAGUGGCCAAGCCGUCGCUGCGUCGUGUAAAGACCCCUUUGCGGGCCCCGUCUAGCGGCCGCGCGUCAGAGCCGCGCCGGCACCAGUCGCCACUGGGUCUUUUGACCGGUGCCGUGUCUGGCAGCCCGAUGACAGGAGGCCGGGAGAACUUCAAAUCAUCUCUCAAUGACCGCACGAGAAGUCCUGACUGGGCCGGCGUUGGAGGCGGUCACCCUCGCUUGUCACCUUGCGGCGGCGGGAAAGGCAUGCCGCUGGUGCUGGGCAGCGGUGGUGGCACUCCAAUUGCGAAGGCUCUGGGAGCCCGGUAUGUGUCACCGCGUCCGACUGCCCGACUGGCUGGUGGCAUCCUCCCUCCGCUCAACACUCACGACGACUCUGACGUGAUUGAGAUGUCUGCCGUGCUCGACGCUGUGACGCCUACUCGCGAGUACAGCGUUAUUGGCGCCGCGACCGGUGCACCUAGCAGCCGCACGCCUGGUAGCUCAGCACAACCAUUGUCUUGCAAGCGGACGAACAGCACCCCUGCCGAACGACCUGCACGUGCUUCGCCUCCGCAGUCCCCGCAUGAUGCGGCGGCAGCGGAGCAGAAGCGUAAACAGGCAGAGCGAGAGAAGGCGUGGGCGCAGCAGGUGAAGCAGAUCAAAGCAGAACUGCGAAAGACACGCGCGAAGGGGCCGGGCAAGGGCGGUAUGAAGCUUGAGGACUGGGGGGCUAUGAGCAAUAUUCCACGGCGUGCCGAGACGGCGCCAGACCCAGCACCGCAUCCACCAAUGCGGGGAGGUCUCGGAGGCGCAGCAGGGGGUGGUGCCAGUGGUGCUGGCGGUUCUCAUGAUCGAAAUGGUGCUGGUAGUGGGGGCAAGAGCAACGUUGGUGGCGGUCGCUCACACCAGGUAGAGAAGAUGGACUUCGCGAAGGCGCACAUCUUCACACGCGAGAACUUCCGGCCGAUCACCGCCCCUGAGGAUGCCACCUCCUACUUUGGAAUGCUGUCGCCGCCUCCCUCGCUCCCACCGCUGGCGAGGGCACCAAAAUUCAAGUCACGCGAGCAGGCACGAGUGAGCAGCGAGUUAGCCACGGGAGCGGAGAGAAAAGAGGAGGCGAUGGGAACCGAGGUGGCCUCCCCGCCAAAUAUCAACGGCAUUCACACCUUUGCGAGCACCGGUACCUCAGGCGAAGAGUCGCUCAAGCUGGCGUCGCUAACGACACGUCAAAUGACGCUGGGACUUCCGGACUAUGGCGACAGCGAUCCCGUACCCAUCCAGUUUAACCACCUCUUAGAGUUUGUUGAGGCUCAAAUUAUCACGGCGCAUCAAGCGGAGAACUUGUGGGACUUCUUUUCUGCGUCGGCGGAUGUGGCGCGUGGCGGUGGAAGUGGCAGUGAUGUUGGCCAUGCGGGGUCGUCGUUUUCGGUCAACAGUGCGCGUGACGUGUGGGGUCGUGCAGCGCGUGGCGACGUGAACGGCGCCGUGGGCGCGAGGAAAUCGGGCACAUUAGAGAUAGCAGUUGUCGACGAGCGACCCGCAGCGAAUGGCGUCGGUGCCACCGAGGGCGACGAAAACGUCAACGGUGACACCGGAAGAGCCUUUUACGCCCCGUACUCUCCUUCGCAGCUUCCGACUCCCGCCGUACUGGCGCCGGCACUGCGCCGCAAGAUCACUCAGCAACACUCGGAGCAGGAGGCAGCGCGGUUGCACCAGCCAUACAAACCACUGCAAAACGGCCCCCCUUGUCGAAGCCCGUCUGGCGCUGGCGGCAGAGGUGCGAACGGUGGCCCAGGUGGCGUCGACAGUGGGCAACGCACAUCGGCACACAUAGCGCGGGGGUUGCAGAAUCAUUUUUCGACCGCAGCCGAGCUUGGUGACGAAGGCGGUGACGGGGAUCAUGUAGGUGCUAACAUGUUCGACACGUUCUCCGAAUUGGUACGGCCCCCGACCUGA